UUCACUUCAAGAAGCUCUUCGAUAAACUAAAAUGGCUUCAAAAUCUAGGGCUGUUAUUUGUCUUCUAAGAAAUGAUCUUCGAUAUCAUGAUAACGAGGUUCUCAGUUGGGCCUAUAAAAACGCAGAAUUCGUCGUCCCGUUAUAUUGUUUUGAUCCGAGGCAUUUCAAAUGCACGUGGCACUUCGGUUUCCCCAAAACCGGUCCUUUUCGCGCCAAAUUCCUUGUUGAAAGCGUAAAAGAUCUACGUGAACAACUCAAGACAAAAAGAAGCAAUCUAGUUGUGAGGUGUGGUAAACCAGAGGAAGUUGUCCUUGAACUCAUAUCCAGAGUAAAUAGUGAAACUGUCAAAGUCGAAGCCAUUGCCUUUCAAUCAGAGCCAACCAAAGAAGAACUUGAUGUAGAAAAUGCAAUACAAUCAGGCUGCGGGGUUCCUGUGCACAAAAUAUGGGGAUCAACACUUUACCAUAUUGAUGACCUACCAUUUGAAAUUAAAAGAGUUCCAGAUGUAUAUACAGAGUUUAGGAAAAGAGUUGAAGCCCAGAGUAGAGUCAGAAGUUCUAUCAAAAUGCCAGAAACUUUCAAACCACUUCCUCCUACUGUUAGUGAGGGUCUGGUUCCAUCACUGGAAGAACUUGGAAUCAAAGAAUCCAAAGAUGAACCCAGGUCAGCUUUCCCAUUUACUGGAGGAGAAACAACUGGGCUUCAAAGAUUAAAUUACUAUCUCUGGGAUACUAAUCUUGUUUCCAAGUACAAAGAAACYAGAAACGGUUUGAUUGGUCAUGAAUACUCAACGAAAUUCUCAACAUGGCUUGCUCUGGGAUGCUUAUCCCCAAGGAAAAUAUAUGAAGAAGUAAAGAGAUACGAGAAACAAAGAACAUCAAACCAGUCAACUUAUUGGGUAAUUUUUGAGCUUCUKUGGAGAGAUUAUUUCAAAUUUGUGGCUUGUAAAUUUGGUGACAGAUUAUUUCAUCUCAGUGGUUUGAGAGGUAAAAACCAGGARUGGCAUAAAGAUGAUACUCUCUUUAAGGCCUGGAAGGAAGGUCGUACUGGAGUACCAUUUGUUGAUGCUAACAUGAGAGAGCUUGCUGCCACUGGAUUCAUGUCAAACAGAGGAAGACAAAAUGUUGCUAGUUUCUUAACMAAAGACUUGAAACUUGAUUGGCGGCUGGGUGCCGAAUGGUUUGAAUAUCUAUUGGUUGAUCAUGAYGUGUGUAGUAACUAUGGUAACUGGUUAUACUCCGCYGGUGUWGGUAAUGAUCCAAGACAAGACCGUAAAUUCAACAUGAUUAAGCAAGGACUUGAUUAUGAUCCUAAGGGUGAAUACAUUCGUCAGUGGAUACCAGAACUGGCAGGCAUUCCUGGUGGUGAUGUGCAYACACCAUGGAGACUAAGUCARACAGCUUUAUCAAGUGCCAUGGUGUCGCUAGGAGAGACAUAUCCAAUGCCUGUGGUGACUGCCCCUGAAUGGARCCGACAUACAUCUGCUAAAACAAAAACUGGACCCAAGGGCUCUCCACAGGGGAGAGUUGCAAAGCGAGGAAUUGACUUUUAUUUCAGUUCAAAUAGCAAUGGUGGAAAAAGAUGAGUCUUAUGUUCAAUGCAUUUGUAUUUAUUACUUGUCAAUCAGAUAUUCCAAGAGUUGCGUUCCCAGUGUCACUGAGACACAGGAAUACCACASAGACUAUGCUAAAUUUAGAUUUAUUCAGAUGGUGUAAAAAAACUAUUAAAUGAUAAAAAUUUAUAAA